CUGAACUUUUAGGCUGAUUAUCAAUGUGUAGUUGGUUGUUCACUAAUAAAUAAAGUAAACCACUUGAAAAAUAGAACUGAGAACAGUUUGUACACACUAGUUUUACAAAUACUGUUGUAAUCUUUGCGGAUUAUUUGUAAAAAUGCAUAACUCCUAAAGUGAUAUGCUUAAAAGAUAAACUCAUCCACUCUUACAAUGCCUAAAAGUCCAGUGAUCAGUAAAGAUUCGAAGUAUUUCCCGAAUUUUAUUAAACGUAAUAAAAGUGUUAAUCAGUCCAGUCGUUAUAAUGUGAAGGCUUUUCUUGAGGAAGCCAAAAAGGAAUUCUUAGAAAAAUGGGAGAAACCUUCACAGAAUACGGCAACGCUGGAUUCUUUCGAUCGUAUUAAAACUUUGGGCACGGGUUCUUUUGGACGCGUUAUGCUGGUGCAACAUAAAGUUAGCAAGGAGUAUUAUGCUAUGAAGAUAUUGGACAAACAAAAGGUUGUGAAACUGAAACAAGUGGAACAUACUUUGAAUGAAAAACGUAUCCUGCAGGCUAUUUCUUUUCCAUUCCUUGUUCGUUUGGAUUAUCAUUUCAAAGAUAACAGCAAUUUGUAUAUGGUGUUAGAAUUUGUCAAUGGUGGGGAAAUGUUCUCGCAUUUGCGACGUAUUGGCCGUUUCAGUGAAAGUCAUUCAAGAUUCUAUGCUAGUCAAGUUGUUUUGGCCUUUGAAUAUUUGCAUCAUUUGGAAUUAGUCUACAGAGAUUUGAAACCGGAGAAUAUUCUCAUCGAUCAAUACGGGUACUUAAAGAUAACGGACUUUGGUUUCGCUAAGCGAGUGAAAGGUAGAACAUGGACACUCUGUGGUACACCGGAGUAUUUGGCACCUGAAAUUAUUUUGAGUAAAGGUUAUAAUAAAGCAGUUGACUGGUGGGCACUGGGCGUUCUAGUAUAUGAAAUGGCAGCUGGCUAUCCACCGUUUUUCGCCGACCAACCGAUUCAAAUUUAUGAGCGUAUUGUGUCAGGAAAAGUUCGUUUCCCAUCUCACUUUAGUUCUGAUUUAAAAGAUUUACUGCGCAAUCUUUUACAAGUUGAUCUCACUAAGCGCUUUGGUAAUUUAAAGAAUGGAGUCAAUGAUAUUAAAACACACAAGUGGUUUGCUACAACUGAUUGGUUCUCUAUUUAUAAACGAGAUAUUGAGGCUCCAUUUACUCCUAAAUGUUCUGGGGCCGGUGAUGCCAGUAAUUUCGAUGACUAUGAAGAAGAACCAUUACGAAUCGCUACGACGGAAAAAUGUGCAAAAGAAUUCAGUGAAUUUUAA